AUGGAUACUGAUGCGGAAAUUCCUGCAUAUGAUCCAAAUGUCGCCGAGCCCACAUGCAGAGCUGACCUCCUGAAAUACUGGAUCAACCUCUCUCUGGAUGAAAGAACUGCCCAGAAGACGUUGUGGGUUUCAGAUGAUGGUAGCAAGGUGUCCCGCAUGACUGAAGAGGUCUGUCCUUACCUGGAGAGACCUGAGAGAUAUGAGCUGACACCACAGGUGCUCUGCAAGGAGAGUUUGUGGGGUAGAAGAGGAUAUUGGGAAGUGAAGUGUGCAGGAUGGGUUAUCAUUGGAGCCACGUAUGCCAAAGUGGGAAGGAAAGCAUAUGACGGGCCCUGUGGCCUUGGAGAGAAUGAUGAAUCCUGGGGUUUGGGUUGGGCAGGAUCCUGCUAUCACGCCUGGCACAAAGGGAAUAUUGUCGAGAUCCAGGGGGUCCCCUACUGCCCCACUCUUGGGGUGUACUUGGACCAGCCAGCUGGGAUCAUCAGCUUCUAUGCAGUGGAGGGCAAGCAGGAGGGAGGGGAGGGUACAGGGAAGAAAGAGGUUAAGCCCCUUUACAAGUUUCAAGCUCCAAUGGUAGAACGCAUUCUGCCAGGUAUCUGGGUGGGGAGGAUGUCUUCCUGCCUGAUAAUGAAGAAGGAAGAGUGAGGGGGAACAGGGAAGAGAGGACUGGGAACAAGAAGUAAUUGAAGGUGAAUUUCAGGAAUGAGGAUUUUUUUGGCAACUGGGAAAAGAAAACGAGAAAUC